CUGUGUGUUCUUCCAGAUGUAUGGUCGCUACACACAGGAGCUGGGGGUGUAUGCUAAAGAAGAGGCAGCUCGCCUGAGGGAAGAGGGGGGGCGGAGGCGCUCGGUCACAGAACGCUCACGCUCCCUGGAACUCCUUGAGUACGACAAGGGCCGCUGCGCCAAGUGUCGCAGGUCAGGGUAUCCCUACACUCAGGCUCCACCCCGGGACUUUCUGUCUGUCUGUACGUUGCGCUGUCAGAAGUUCCUCAUCUCUCGUGUUGGUGAAGACUGGAUCUUCCUCAUCCUCCUCGGUCUACUCAUGGCUCUGGUCAGCUGGGUGGUUGACUUUGCUAUCGCCAUCUGUCUACAAGCACAGAAGUGGAUGUACGGAGGCCUGGAGAGUAAUGUGUUUCUCCAAUACCUGGCCUGGGUCACCUACCCUGUGGUGCUCAUCACCUUCUCAGCUGGCUUCACACAGAUACUGGCCCCACAGGCCGUAGGUUCAGGUAUCCCAGAGAUGAAGACCAUUCUGAGGGGUGUAGUGCUGAAAGAAUACCUCACCUUUAAAACCUUUGUGGCCAAAGUGAUCGGCCUCACCUGUGCCCUGGGCAGUGGCAUGCCUCUGGGAAAGGAGGGUCCGUUUGUUCACAUUGCCAGUCUGUGUGCUGCACUCCUCAGCAAGUUCAUGUCUCUGUUUGGUGGAAUCUACGAGAAUGAGUCGAGGAACAUUGAGAUGUUGGCAGCUGCUUGUGCUGUGGGGGUCGGCUGCUGUUUCGCUGCCCCUAUUGGAGGUGUGCUGUUCAGUAUUGAGGUAACAUCUACGUUCUUUGCGGUGAGGAAUUACUGGAGAGGGUUCUUCGCUGCUACCUUCAGUGCCUUCAUCUUCAGAGUCCUGGCUGUGUGGAAUAAAGACGAGGAGACCAUCACAGCUCUGUUUAAAACCCGUUUCCGUCUGGACUUCCCCUUUGACCUCCAGGAGCUCCCAGCCUUCGCUGUCAUUGGUAUUGCCAGUGGUUUUGGCGGUGCAUUGUUUGUCUACCUGAACAGACUGAUAGUCCAGUUCAUCAGGAAACAGAAGACCAUCAACAAGUUCCUCAUGAAGAAGCGUCUGCUGUAUCCAGCCCUGGUCACUCUGCUGGUGUCUACGCUAACAUUUCCCCCCGGCUUCGGACAGUUCAUGGCAGGCAAGCUGACCCAGAAGGAGUCCCUGGUGACGUUGCUAGACAACCGGACAUGGGCUAAGCAGGGCAUAGCCGAGGGGUUUGACUACAUCGGCAACUCCCAGGCCUGGAAUCACCCCCAGGUCAACGUCUUUGUCACCCUCGUCCUCUUCAUCGUAAUGAAGUUCUGGAUGUCUGCUCUGGCCACCACCAUUCCUGUGCCAUGUGGAGCCUUCAUGCCCGUCUUCGUCAUUGGGGCAGCAUUUGGCCGUCUGGUCGGGGAGAGCAUGGCUGCCUGGUUCCCUGAUGGCAUCCACUCUGAUGGCACCAUCUACCCCAUAGUGCCAGGAGGGUACGCCGUUGUGGGUGCGGCAGCCCUGUCUGGAGCGGUGACCCACACGGUGUCGACAGCGGUCAUUGUGUUUGAGCUGACGGGUCAGAUCAGCCACAUCCUGCCGGUGAUGAUAGCGGUAAUACUGGCCAACGCCGUGGCCCAGUCCCUCCAGCCCUCGCUAUAUGACUCCAUCAUCAGGAUCAAGAAACUACCCUACCUCCCUGAGCUGGGCUGGGGACACCACGAGAAGUAUAAUAUUCGUGUGGAGGACAUCAUGAUCAGGGAUGUGACCUACAUCACCCUCAACUGCUGCUACAGAGACCUGCAUGAUGUACUGCUGGCUGGACACCUCAAGACCCUGGCCCUGCUCGAGUCCAGUGAGUCGAUGAUCCUGCUGGGUUCUAUUGAGCGUGCCCAGCUCCAGGCCCUCCUGUCCCUACAGCUGGGCCGGCCACGGAGACUGGAGUACCUGAGAGACCGGGCUACUGCUGAGAAGAAGCGCUUGUCGAUGGUCUCCCAUCCGGGCAGCGAGGACGGCUCCCAGAGGGUUAACCAGGAGGUCCGGUUCCAGAUCUCGACAGAGGAGUCUACCUUCAGUCCCACCCCUACCCCCUCUAUGAAGCCACUGAAGCCAGCCCUGAAGAGACCCUCUGUGGUGGACCGCCCCACUGGGAUACCCAUACCCACAAGUCCACAGGACCACUCUAGCAGCACCUUAAAGAAUCUCUUCUGUGUCAACCCUGAGACAGAAGGCCUGGAGAACAAGAAUGUCAACAUCAACAUAGAGAGCACUGCGACUCCUGAGUUUAGGAGGCCACCCAAGCGUGUCCGGAUAUCCGUCGUGGAUGACUUCGAUGUGGAUGAUGACAUGACCAUCAGAGAGAUUGCAGAGUGGGAGGAGAACCAGCUUGACGAGCAGGUGAACUUUGACAACUGCAAGAUCGACCCUGCCCCCUUCCAACUGGUGGAGCGCACCUCACUACAUAAGACCCACACCAUCUUCUCUCUGCUUGGGUUGGAUCAUGCCUAUGUCACCAGCAUCGGACGACUCAUUGGAGUGGUGUCCCUCAAAGAGCUGCGGAAGGCCAUCGAGGGCUCUGUGGCGGUGAAGGGGGUGAAGGUGCGCCCCCCUCUGUCCAGUUUCCGGGACAGCGGCACCAGCGGCACCAGCAGCAGCAAUAGUGAGAACGAAGCCACAGAGCUCCACAAGCUGUGGGACCGUCACAAGUCCAUGUCCCUCCCCCGGGAGCACCUGGCCUCCGACUCUGAUGAGAAGUCCCAGUGAGGGGGAUGGGGACAGGGGGAUGGGAUGGUGACGGGUGUGUUGGAGGGUAGAAGAGUAUGAGGAGCGUAGACCCCCCGCCCCACCUCAAAACCACAACCGAUGCUGCAACCUCAGGGCUUGGAUCAAUACUAAAUUCUGGAAAAUAAAGUUCUCUCCUCCUCGUCUCCUAACCUUCCUCUCCAUCCCUCUCUCCUUUACCCCUCCUCCCAGUGGGCUUUUGGGCCCUGCACUUACUCAACUCUUGAGGCUGAGGGAUGGACUCUGCUCUCGCCCCAACCAGAACAGAAGAAAUCUGGGUGUUAGGGAGGGGAGAGGAGUGUCACUGCUUAACAAAGGUGGUCAGAACAAAAUGUAUAGAAUGUGGUUUGACUAUAAAAGGGAUUGCAUUUUUACUCUUUUUUAUAGCAACUUGGGUAUUGGUGAGGAAAUGUUCAAAGUUUGUUUUCAUUUUGUGGACAUUUCUUUCUGACCAGUCUUCCAUAUACAGACGGUUCUACGGUGAUAAGAAGAUAGGCUUGUGUACCAGUAAAGAUGUGAGUGUGUGUAUUGAGUGCAUGGACGUUUUGGUUUGUAUGUAUUUACACAAAGAAGGUAGCGAAUCUUCUUAUCAGACACAUUUCAAUCUUAUCAUUCCAACUCUGUCCUAUUUUGUUCCCAUCUGGUUGAGUGACCUGGAACUAGAAAUAAGUAUGGAGGUAGCCUAGCGGUUACAGCGUUGGGCUAAUAACCGAAACAUUGCUGGUUCAAAUACCUGAGCUGACAGGGUGAAACAUCUGUCUGUGCCCUUGAGCAAGACACUUAACCCUACUUUUCUCCAGGGGUACUGUACUACUAUGGCUGCACAGUAAAACAACACAUUUCACUCUACCUAUCCAGUGUAUGGGACGAUGCAACAGCUAUAUUUAUGUUUUAUUUUUUGUCCUUGCCUCUGUAGAAAGAACCACAUACUGUUCUGGUCUCACAUUGGGAGACAUCUUCACCUCUCUCUCUCUCUCUCUCUCUCUCUACUUUUUUCUGUGUUGCAUUUGUGAGUGAGUCUGGGUGAGAGAAUAGUCUACUCUAUGCAAACAGAUGUACAGUAUGUAUGUAGGAAUUCUGUAGAAUGGUGAAAGCAUGUGUGCUAUUAACUCCUUUAAGAAAACACUGCUUCAAACACACGCACACACACAUACACACACACACAGGUUUUAAUAAGAGCCAGUCUGCACACUCCAAGAGAAGAGGGUUUUCUCUAAAUAUAGCUCUUAAUAACCCUGACUGAGUGUGUUGGGCUAGGGAGGGAGGGAGGGAGGGAGGGAGGAAGAGAGGAAGAAGGAACGGGGGAAGAGAGAGUGAAUGGACGGCUGAAAGAUGACAGGAUGAAAGCUUUUCAGUUAUCUAAUCUCCUGCUUUAGGGUGUUUUUCUUCAAUCAAACCCAGGGUAGCUUUCUGGUAGGCCAACUUCACAUCCCCGCUGUAUAAGCCUAUUGUCCAGUAACACUAUGGUGAUCAGAGUAGGGUCAGACCCAGACCACAUAUAGCCAGUUUGAUUAAUGCUGUAAGGUAGCCAACUGACUGAAACUAGGUAUCUGAACUAACUGUCCAAUGACAAACACUAUAGCCCAUGCAUACUGACCAAUAAGAAACCGUCAGCAUUACAGAUCAGUGUUCUAUACAUAACCAAUGACAAAGCACUCCAUUCCUGCUACAGUAUGACUUAUCAAUAGGCCUACUGAUGUAUAGAGCAGCCUAGAGAAGGAAGAUGGUUAGGAGUCUGACCUCUGUUCUUUUUAGUUAUUCAUGUAUUUUCCUCACGACAGUCUCUGGCUUAAUGUGCUGCAUGGUUUCCUUAGUCAUUUGAAUGUAUUUAACUUUUAAUUGUGUUUCGCUUGGUGAUAGAAGCUCCAUACUGCACAAGCCCAGUGUGCAGCAUCCAAUCAGAUCUCACACACUCCCUCACUGAAUUGUGGGUCUGGCCACUAGUCAUUUUCUUUCCGUCUUUCUUGCUCUCUCGCUCUCUCUCUCUCUCUUGAUGAUUAUCAGGCAGGGGUCAUUUUGUGUCAUCUUUCUUUCUCUCUUCUUUGUAAUGUUUGCACUGAAAGGCCUGAUGCCUCUGAAAAGGACUGAGCAGAGUCACUUCCUGUGUCAAACACUCCUUCCACCUGCAGUUGUUAUUUUGAUUUUACUGCUGUUUUCUGCCAGUGACGUCAAGAUUUCUGCUCACAUAUGCAAGCUGAGUGCAUCUGGCUGGUUAUACACAUUCAGGUGCCUUAUUCAGUGCCACAUUGAACAAAGUACACACACACACACUGACAUUUCAACCACCUGGAUGUGUUAUUGCAUGAAAAGGUUUUAUUUUCAGUGGUGAGUUAUUGCCUUGUUCACUGCCACUGAAAAGAAAAGACACACACUAACCUCUUCAGACUGACAUGCCCAUCCUCACAUGCAGAGACACACUCACACACCUUGAGUGACAGCAUGGCUUUGCAUGAAGGAGUGCAUGUGACUUAGAAAGCUGUGUUUUUAUAUUGUUAGAAUUAUGACCAGAAAAAGAUUGAAAAUAUGAGGAGAAAUAUGCUCUUGUGUAUAUCAUUUUAAUGGACAAUGUCAUGAUGAUGAUGAUGAUGGCUAUUUGUUAAAUAUGUUGUUUUUAUCCUCCUUUAUUUUGUCUUUUCUCGUUGAAUUCAUUUUGAUCUAGGUUUGAUUGGCAUUAUGCAUUCAUACAAUGAGCUUUAUUCAUGACUUAUUUUGGGAAAGGGGACAGAGCUUUUUGGGGAGGCGUGAAUUUAAAACUUUGCUCUAGGUUUACAGAUUUAAUAUAUUUAACAUAUCAUGGCUGUAAUAUAUGAUCAUUGCUAUCUAUCAAGUUGCUCUUCCUGCAACUCCUUUUUAGUUUUUGUUGCAUAUUGCUCUUCCAUGUCUGAUUGGUAUUAAAAGGUCCAAUGCUCAGUGUUUUUCCAGCCUUGCAGCAUGUCCACAACAUUUCUACAUUGUUAUAUAUGUCAUUUGUAUAAUGCAAGUAACACUAUAACACUAGCAGAAUGAGACCCACUCUCUGAAGUAGCAGGAACAUUUAAGGAAUGUUUAAAGAAUUUUUAAAGGACCCAUGGGUGUUGUAAUGCCCUGUGGUCCGUAUGACAUCAUCAUUUCACAAGUGCCUACAUCAUCUCAGGCCUCUGCAUGGUAACAGGAGUAGGAUAGGUUCUCUCUGUAAAUUAAUGUGAUACGUUUAAGGGAUAGUAAUGUCUACCCAUGUCUCUGCAUUAUAUUGUAGUCAUUCAUAUACACACACACACACACUAAAGACGUACACACACACAGAGGAGGAGGAUAAUGUGUCCGUGCAGUGUGCAAUUAUCCCUAAUCACCACGGCAACUCGCCAUUGUCAUUCCCCAAGCUAGCUGAAGGGACCAGUGAAAAAACACACUCUUGAUUUGCUUUAGUUUUCAUUAUUUUGUGUUUCUCUGAAGUCACUCUCCUUAUUUCCCUGUCCUUUCUUUAUGACAUCUCAUUUGCUACCAGAUAGAUAUAGUAGGGCAGGUACAUAUUUAUUAAUAGGUUAAUCAAAAUAGAAGAAGAAUCUGUGAUUUGUUUUUUAUUAUUUCUAUUUUAAUGAUUAGGUAAUCAACUUGUGCAAUAACGAUUGUUCAUCUCACUUUCUAACCAGAUUUUAAUCUAUGACUUGACAUGAAUGCGAAAACCUUAUUUUUGUAAAGAAAUUGAAAACUGUAAAACAAUAUGUAUGUAUAAGAGGGAAACUAAUGAACGCACAGGUGUGCGUGUGUAGACCUAAGGAAAGAAGGAUGGUGUGUGUGUGUGGGAUGACACACACACACAAUGUCUGUUUGGUCCCAGGCCAUUUCUGGAUUCUGCUGCUUGUACUGUAGCUGUCUGACUCGGGACUGUAUGAUGUGUUAUAGGCCCAUUACGGAAACACAUUGGGGUCAAACCAGACAGAGCUUAACAAGUCCAGUGCUAUUUUUCACAAGAACAAAUAAAACAAUGUUUUGUAUAUCAGGGAUGAAUAAAGAGAUUUUAACAAAUGGCA